UAUUUCGAUGUUACUCGUUUAUAAUUAUCUUGCUCUUAUCAUUUUUUAUCGUUUGUUUACGCAAUGACUUACGGAAGUUACCGUUAGAGUUAUUAUAAUUCGGAACAUAAAAUUUGACGUCACUUAUGUUAGUAAUUAACAGUUGAUUAAUCAGGUAUAUUGUAAUUUAUUAUAAAGAGAAAAAAAUAACAAAUUUUUAUAAUGGUGAAUGCAAGAACACCCUUGCAAGAGACUUCAUUUAUCUCUAGAUCACAAGCAAGCAUAGGGCGUUACUCUGAAAUAUCCAUGCAAAGGAAGGCAACAGGUUGUGAUGCAUGUCUUACUCGUAUUCCCUAUGCCACCCUCAUUGCCACUAUUAUGUGCAUGUUGGGUGUGGUUGUCUUUUGUGGCACAAUGUACAGGGGUGCUACUCUUGCAGUUCUUAUGUUUGAACAAGUGUUUAAGAUGAGACUGUUUUGGAUUGAUGCAGUACAAAUGACCUUUGUAAUCACUGGAGCUUGUAUGGGUGCUUUAGGUUUAAUGAUUUUAACUGUUGGUUGUUUAGCAACUGGAGCUACAAGACAUAAAGUGUAUCGUGCUUGGAGAUCAAGGGUAGGAGGACGCAUAAGCUGUGCAGUGUUUAUGAUUAUAACAUAUAUACUAAAAAUAGCAUGGCUAUUAAUGUUCUGCUUUCUAAUUAUUGUUACUUUCAUUUUCACUGUUUUUUGGAAUAUGUGUGCCAAUCCUAAUGUUGAAACAUUAAGGGACUGUAUUGAUUUGACUCAAUUUUACUUUCUGUUUCCUUCAGGAACAAAACAGGAGCAUAUGAAAGUUUGUGAUUCUCAAAAUGUAAAGCUGUUUUGUAAAGAUUAUGUGGAAAAAGCAGAAAUAAUGUUCAUUUUGGCAAGUGUUGCCACUGUACUGGUAAUAUUAAGUUUGGUUCAUUACCUAAUGUGUUUGUCUGCCAACUAUGCACACAUUAGAGAUCAUGAGAAAUUCCAAGAACUACAAGACUUGCGUUAUUUAAAUGAUCAAGAUAUGAUUAGUAGCAAGGACAGGUUUUAGGAUACAGCCCAGGAAAUACACGUCUCCAAGAACUGAUGACAUCAUUUUCCUUACAAACAGAAAAAUUAUUCAUUUGGAUGAUGUGUUAGAGCUAUAUGUUAAGAAGUAAUUAUGGGAGGUGUGAAAAGUAGUUUAAGGACUAAUAUAUUUUACAAAUCAUGUGUAUUUCCUGGGGAGCACAACUCUAGCAAUAAUUUGUCAAAGUUUUGUUUAACAUAUAUGUACAAAAAGAAAAAAUGUAAUAACUUUUCUAAAUAAUCCGCAAAAAUAUUUGAAAAAGGCAAAAUAAGUGUAAUGAGACUUUUGUACUUGUUUUUGUCAGUCAUGGAAAAGUUAUUACCAAUUACUAAUAUUUUACAAAAAACAAUUCAUAUUUGUAGUAAGCAUACUAUUGUGAAUCUCUUCCGUCCAAGUAGCACUUGAGUAAGUAAAUGAAUGUUUUAUGUGUUUUAUAUACAUUCCAUGUAAAUAAUUAUAAUAGAAACCAUUAAAAGUAUUAUCUAGGAAUUUUGGCGACAUAAAAUGACAUUUUGAAUUAAUUUUUA